AUGGACAAUUUCAAGGAUUUGACCUUUAAUUCUGCGGGGCCUACUGUAAUAAUUCAUGGGAUAUCGCUUUAUGCAUCUCGAGGAACUCUGUGACCAAGGACGCCAAUUGGCAAAAAUAUUGCGGUCUCAGUGUCUUCGAUGCUUCCUGUGAUAAAAUUGACUUCAGAAGUGCUUGAAACUUUGUGGAUUGCGGGACUCCAAGGUUCCUCACGAUCUGCGCUAGGAGGCUUUUUGAUUGGUUACAAGCAUUCUCCAGCUCAUUUUUUGAAUGUAGAUAUCAAAGAGAUCCAAUGGCAUGUCCGCAAAACGCCAAGAAACUCAGGGGAUUAUGCAAUAAGGGUCUUUCCUAAAGAUUCUGAAAGAGGAGAUAUAACGAGAAGAGAGUCUGAAUUUAUGCUACAAUCUAUAUUUUUAUAUAUAAAAUAUAAGAAAUACUCAAUAAUUUUAAUAAAAAGACUAUAAUACUUAUAAAGUAUACACUAUUUAAACUAGAUUCAUAUGCAGAAUUAGAAUUUUUGGAGCCGCUUGACUUGUGCAAGACCUCACUAAAUUUUGAUGUGAGAGGAAAUGAAAUAGAAAUCAGCUGCCAGAUGCUGUUUCCUAGGCUUGAUCUUGAAUUUGUCCCGAUUUCUCCUCUAAAAAUUGUGUCAACUCCUCUUAGUGUGAAACUUACCCAGAAAAAUUUAAAACAUCCGAAAUUUCAGACUGGAUAUUUAACCCUUGACCAGAAAAAACGAGUUUUGCCACUGUUAUGUUCUGACCCACUAGCUUUUAAGUACCCUCUUGUAGGAGUUUGAGCUACUGCAAGCCCUGGAAGCCAGGAAUGCCCAUUAUCUCAUCCUCUAAUUUGGUCAUCUUGUGUAAGGUUCAUUGAAAGCAAGCUGAUCCAAGAAAGAAUUUCUCCUAAUCCUGCCCAAAAUACCUUUUUAUUUAUAUAUUUUUCAUCAAAACCUCAAUUUUACGAAGCCAGCACACAUAAAAAAGCAGCUUGGUGCAUUCAAAAUAUAACCCACGAGAUACAAAAAGAAGGACAAUUUUUUAGUCCUAUAACCUGCAAGUAUUUGCAAGCAGAAUCUCCAAGAAUAAGCUUAACCUCGCCAAAACUAAAGCAAAAAUCAUCGAAUUUAUUAGAAAAUUCAAGCAUUAUUGACAGGUUUAGUAAUAUAGAAACAAUGCCACGAUCAGUCAGAAGUAGCUUGGAAACUUGUAAUGGGAUUGCUCAGUCUACAGAAAGGCUUAUAAGAGAACAGUCAGAAAUGCUGAAAAGGCUGGAAAAACAAAUCCAAAACUUGCAGAGCCACGUAAUCUCGUCAAGGCUAGAAACCCCAAGAAAAAGCACAAGAUAUGCAGAAGAAUGCCUCUCCCCAAAAAUGGUCAAUUCAGCCACAAAUACAACUUUGUCUACUGCAGAAGGCAAAAUAGCAAGUCCACGACUUAUGGACACUAAAAAGUCAGCAUCUACCAAUACAAGCUUUAUUGUUUCUCAUACAGAACGAAAACUUCUCCCUCCUAGGCAAGCUCGGACCAAGCUUUCAAGUGAUACAGAAAGCAUAGAUUGCAAGAAAAUUUCAAGUGAUACAGAAAGCAUAGAUUGCAAGAAAACCAAGCAAUCACCAACCCGAGCUGCUUCUUUACGAUAUAGCUGCUCCUCUACAGAUAUUUCCAAUAUAAGAAGCUCUAUAAACAGCAAUAGCAGUUUCCAAAAAUCCGAAAAUUCCGACACUACAAUUCGAGUCCCAAAAAUAAUUUACGAGUCUUCUCUCAGUGAUAUAUCUGACGAAGAAGUUGCAGAGCUGGAAAAAAAAAUAUUCCUUAUUUCAUAACUCUAUUAAAAAAAAUAUAUAAAAUACUGCUAUAGUCUAUUUAUUCAAUAAAAAAUACUUAAAAUAG